GUUAGCGCACUGCGCUAGAAGACUAUUUGGCUUGCGCGAAACGAACCUCAACAGCAAAUGACUAACAGAAAUCCCUUAAAAAGGUCCACCACCACCCCUCCCCCUUGAAGGUCAACGAAUAAAUGUGGGAUGAUUCGCACACUCUUCUCUAGUAUGCGCUACUCUGCUGUUUCCCUGCAGCAGAUGCCGUGACGGUCGCCAUGAUGAUGUCGGGUUUUGCCUGCAGCAGCAGCAGCAGCAGCAGCGAGCUGUGAGAGACACUCACACGGCGACCGGGAGCGGAGCCGCGGAGUCCUCCGACCGACAUGAACGAAGACGCCUAUUUUCAGCCCCUCUCCGCAAAGCUUCUCUCGACAAGUGCAUGACAGUUUUCGAAAGCAAGGCUCGCUCCUUCCGCCAGCGUUUUGUAUAUACGAAGAGAGGAAUUUAAAGGAAAAACAGCUUGCUAGGGCUUUCGCAGUCCUGCCAGAGGAGGGGCAUAUGGGGCUUUGUAGCAAUGCAGAUCUCGUGCUGCUGAUGCGCUUUUGUUACUGCGUAAUGGAUAACCACAGAUAUCACCAUAUCUCAGGGCAUUGCUUUAAACUUCUUGGGUGACUUGUUUUUGUGAAAAGUGUCCUUUAAAGGGAGAAGCUGAAAUCGGGAAUAUAUAAGCCUAGGUUAUAUACGUCAAAUCCACCGGCCAGGGCAGGGUCGAUGGCUGCAAGUUCUCUGCAUCUAAGGACUGCGAAAUCAUGAUGUUGUGGAUUGAUAUGGACGCAUCGCUGCGAGAGGGACCAUGAUUAGGCUUUACAAUAUUUUUUGAGCCUUUAAUUUUUUUGGAGCGUUCACUCAAGUGUGCCACUGGCCGGUCCCGUUUGCUACCGUGGGAGCAAAAACUGACCAUACUGUGAGACAUCAGCAGCAACUGAAAGCAUGUCUGGAGAGGUGCGUUUGAAGAAACUGGAGAAGCUGAUUCUUGAUGGCCCGUCUCAGUCCAGCGGCCAGUGCUUCAGCGUGGAGACCUUGCUGGAUAUUCUUGUUUGUCUGUAUGAUGAGUGCAAUAAUUCUCCCCUUAGAAGAGAGAAAAACAUCCUGGAGUUCCUAGACUGGGCCAAACCUUUUACAUCCAAGGUGAAACAGAUGCGCUUGCACAAGGAAGAUUUCGAGAUCCUGAAGGUGAUUGGACGGGGAGCAUUUGGAGAGAAAAUGAAUGUUUAUUAUUGUGUUUUAUGUAUAAUCAGGGAUAUUAAGCCAGACAAUAUCCUGAUGGACAUGAAUGGUCACAUCCGGCUGGCUGACUUUGGCUCCUGCCUCAAGCUCAUGGAAGAUGGGACCGUCCAGUCCUCUGUGGCAGUUGGGACCCCGGACUACAUCUCUCCAGAGAUCUUGCAGGCUAUGGAAGACGGGAAGGGAAAGUACGGGCCGGAGUGUGACUGGUGGUCUCUGGGUGUGUGCAUGUACGAAAUGCUGUAUGGAGAGACGCCCUUUUAUGCUGAAUCCCUGGUGGAGACCUAUGGAAAGAUCAUGAACCAUAAGGAGCGCUUCCAGUUUCCACUUCAGGUGACAGAUGUGUCUGAGGAGGCUAAAGAUCUCAUACGGCGGCUGAUCUGCAGCAGAGAACACCGGUUAGGCCAGAAUGGCAUCGACGACUUCAAACAGCACCCCUUUUUCACAGGCAUUGACUGGGACAACAUUCGCACAUGUGAAGCCCCCUACAUCCCCGAAGUCAGCAGCCCCACUGACACCUCCAACUUUGACGUGGAUGAUGAUUGCCUCAAAAACUGUGAGACGUUGCCGCCACCUUCACACACAACGUUUUCUGGACACCACCUCCCAUUUGUAGGCUUCACCUACACAAGCAAAUGCACUCUGUCAGAUCGAGGGUGUCUGCGGGAGUCCAUGGGACCACCACAGGUAGAUGCUGAUCUUCAGCGUAGCCUGGAAGAGAGCCUGGCCUCAGAGGCCUAUGAGAGAAGGAUCCGACGUCUAGAACAGGAGAAGACCGAACUUACCCGUAAACUACAGGAGUCCACACAAACAGUGCAGGCACUGCAGUACCCUGAUUCGGACGCCCCAGUGAAUGCUAAUAAGGAAGUAGAGAUCCGGAGUUUAAAAUGUGAGAUCGACAUCCUGAAGAAACAGAUAGCAGACUCUGGUCAGCUGGAACAGCAAUUGGAGGAGGCCAGCACAGUUCGAAGAGACCUGGAAGACUCGUCUAAGAUCAUCAGGAGCUUCGAGAAACAGCUGAAGAGUGUCAUGCAAGAGAGAGAUGAUCUGCACAAGGAGCUGCUGGAGUUGGCAGAGAAGGUGAAGGCUCAGGGGAAGGAGCUAAAGGAGGCUCACAGUCAAAAGAAGAUGGCCGUGAAGGAGUUCUCUGAGCUGAACGAGCAGCUGAGCGAUCUGCGCUCACAAAAGCAGCGGCUGAGCCGACAGUUCAGAGACAAAGAGGAAGAGAUGGAAGGAGUGUCACAGAAACUAGAGGCUCUACGGCUAGAGAUUCGCAAAGCAGAGAAAAUGCGCAAAGAGUUGGAGGCCCAGGCUGAGGAGCAGGGAGCAGAAGCUCAGAAGGAGAGGAAGCUACGAGAAAGAAACGAACAGUACAGCAGACAGUUGGAGGAGGACCUGGAAGGGAUGAAGCAGUUGAAACAGGCUGGGCCGCCUCACGCAGCGGCAAGCUUAGACCAACAGCAGGAGCUGAUGCGCAUACGAGCAGAGCUGGAGAAGAAGAACGUGCAGUACGAGGAGGAGUUGUGUCGCCGAGAGACACUCCACAGCAGCGAGCUGAAGGGCCUCAAAAAGGAGCUCCACGAUGCUGAGGGUCAACACCUCACACUCCAGAAAGAGAUUCUCAUGCUCAAAGACAAACUGGAGAAAACCCGCAGAGAAAGCCAAACUGAGCGAGAGGAGUUUGAGACGGAGUACAAGCAGAAGUACGAGAGGGAGAGAGGCCAUCUGACAGAUGAAAACAAGAAGCUCGCAAGUGAAGUGGAGAAACUGAGCUCUAUGUAUGACCAGCUCAACAGUAGUCACAGGCAGCUGGAGGAGGAGAUGAGAGAGUUGGCUGAUAAGAAGGAGAGCGUUGCCCAUUGGGAGGCCCAGAUCACUGAGAUCAUACAGUGGGUGAGCGAUGAGAAAGAUGCUCGUGGUUACCUCCAAGCUCUGGCCACAAAAAUGACAGAGGAGCUUGAAGGGCUCAGGAACACCAGCUUGGGAGCCAGAGGAACGGACAUGCCGUGGAAGAUGAGGCGCUUUGCUAAGCUGGACAUGUCUGCGCGUCUAGAACUGCAGUCUGCACUGGAUGCCGAGAUCAGAGCCAAACAGUCCAUCCAGGACGAGCUUAACAAAGUCAAAGCAUCCAACAUUGCCACAGAAUGCAACUUGCAAGAAUCCGAAAGUAGAAACCAGGAGCUGCUUGCAGAAAUUGAGAGGCUGAGGAAAGAGACAGAAGAGCUGAGACUGAGGAGAGGGGUGAAGCAUCAGGAUUCCCAGAAUUCUUUCUUGGCAUUCCUCAAUGCGCCCACUUCUGCUCUGGAUCAGUUUGAUGACUCAUUUUCUUCCUCUUCGUCUUCUUUAGUUGAAUUUUGGGAAGAUCGGUCACCCUCUUUUGGUCCCGGAAGCAAAACCAGACGUCUUGACUCGGCAGAUUUCACUCCCUCCAACACUCCGUCACGAGAUGAAGACUCAAGAUCCCGUCGUAUAUCACGCUCACGCUCCCCAUCAACUGCCAGUGACAUGGAGCCUAUUGAGUUGAUUGACCACACGUCACGUAGUCUACAGACUCCAACAGGCAGAUCAGGCUACGGGAGCUUGGGACACUCAUCAUCUAAACCCAAGGCGCACCAGUUUAGUGUGAAGACUUUCACCAUUCCCACCAAAUGCAACCAGUGCACCUCUCUGAUGGUGGGACUUAUCCGUCAGGGCUGCACAUGUGAAGUCUGCAACUUCUCCUGUCACGUCACCUGUGCUGAUAAAGCACCCUCUGUGUGCCCCGUUGCACCAGACCAAACCAAGGGCAAAUUGGGAAUCGACACUCAGAGAGGCAUAGGGACUGCAUAUGAGGGCCAUCUUAGGGUAACAGCAUCUCAGCUGUCCACCUCCUCUAGUCAGAAGACGUGCAUCCUGAUCCUGGCUGACAGUGAGCAAGAGAGGACAAAGUGGGUGUCCGCACUAAACGAACUGCACCGCAUUCUGAGGAAAAACAAGCUGAAGGAGCGUUUCGUGUAUGUGCCUAAAGAUGCGUAUGACAGCACCCUUCCUCUCAUCAAAACCACCCAGACUGCUGCUAUUAUUGACCAUGAACGGGUUGCUUUGGGGAAUGAGGAAGGCCUGUUUGUAAUCCACGUCACCAAAGACGAAAUUGUUCGUGUGGGUGACAUUAAGAAAGUGCAUCACAUAGAACUGAUGCCCACAGAGCAUCUAAUGGCCGUCAUCUCGGGCAGGAACCGACAAGUGUGUCUGGUCCCCAUGGCUGGGUUCGAUGGGAGGGAGAUUGACAAGAAUAAAGUGGCAGAUACUAAAAACUGCCAGACACUGGUGUCUGGUGUGGUGCGCAAUAACACCUGCUUCUGCCUUGCAAUUAAACGGCAGAUCUCCUGCUAUGAAAUUAACAAGAGCAAGUCUCGCUACUGCCAUCUGGUGGACAUACAAGCUCCAGGAACUGUCCAGUGGAUGGCGUUCUUUGGCCAACAAUUAUGUGUUGGAUACCAAGCGUGCUUUAUGCGCUACAGUUUGCAUGGAGAUACCCCUCCGGUCAGCAUGCUCCACUCAGAUGACCCAACAUUGGCGUUUAUUAAGGCAGAGAACUUGGAUGCCCUUUGUGCAGUGGAAAUCUCCAAUAAAGAACUGCUGCUCUGCUUCAGCAAAAUUGCAGUGUAUGUGGACACACAUGGCAGACGCUCGCGCCAGCAGGAGCUAAUGUGGCCCGCGACGCCCACCGCCUGCUGCUACAACGCCCCCUACAUGUCAGUCUACAGUGAAAAUGCAGUGGAUGUGUUUGAGGUGAACACUAUGGAAUGGAUACAGACUAUUCCUCUCAAAAAGGUCCGACCGUUGAACAUGGAUGGCUCUUUGAAUCUCUUGGGCCUAGAGACGGUCAGACUCAUCUACUUUAGAAACAAGACUGCAGAGGGAGACGAACUGGUGGUGCCUGAGGUGUGUGAUAACAGCAGGAAGCAGAUGGUACGCAGCAUGAGCAACAAGAGACGAUUCUCAUUCCGUAUUCCUGAGGAGGAGAGACUGCAGCAGAGGAGAGACAUGUUGAAAGAUCCAGAGAAAAGGAACAAGUUGAUCUCCAAUCCUAUGAAUUUUAACCACGUGGCUCAUAUGGGUCCUGGAGAUGGAAUGCAGAUCCUCAGAGAUCUGCCAAUGGUGAGAGGCUCAUCUUUAAAAGAAUAUUCUGUGUUCAGUACACAUUAA